GAACCAGCGAAUAUUCCGAACCACGCAAUAUGAAUAAUUUCUAGUUCGUUCGUGUUGAGAAACGCCUAAUUGCCCUCUCGCCUCUCGCCUCAUCUACGUUUCCAACUCUGGUCCCCUUAUAAAUUCCGAGCUUUCGGAUUGAUUUUGUGUACCCUUGAAUUUUAAUGGAUUAUUCCUCAUUCGAAUCAUCUCAGCUGUUCCUCUUCUUCUUGUUCUUGUUCUUUUCUUCGCUUAUUUCCAUUCACUUCAAUUCCGUCGAUCUCUUGCGUCCUCAGAUUCUCAGUCAAUCUUGUAGCCCUUUCUGACAAACGAGCGGCCGUCACCAAUGGGAAAGCGUAAUUCUCAGCGUAAGAAUGCUGCGAUGUUGGACAGCGAUGAUGAUAAUAGUAGUGUGAGUUCGUCGUCGACUACGCGGUCGGAUCGAUUGUCCGUGUUGGGGACUGAAGAAGUCCAAUUAGAUAAAGAUAGUUUGCUGGAACAAGCUCUAGAUGCUUUGUUUGAGAAGAGGGGCUCUACAAGAGAGAAAGCUCUGGCAGCAAUUAUUGAGGCUUUCAAUAGCAGCAUGCAGCAUCAGUUUCUGGAAAAGAAAUUUGCUACUUUACUGCAUCAGUGUCUGAGCUCCAUUAAACGUGGGUCUUCUACAGAGAUAUCUUUAGCUUCACGUGCCAUUGGAUUGUUGGCAUUGACUGUUGGCCCCGGGGAUAACGCACAUGAAAUAUUAGAGGAAUCAGUCACUCCUCUUUCACAGGCUUUAAAAUCUGGGCCUCAAUCUUCAAAGAAAUUGUUGCUGGAGUGCUUGGCUGUCAUCACUUUUGUUGGUGGAAGUGACACAGAAGAAACAGAAAAGUCAAUGCAAGUAAUGUGGCAAGUGGUUCAUCCAAAACUUGGUCCCAAUGUUGCUGCAUCCAAACCCUCAGCAGAUGUCAUAACUGCCGUGGUAUCUGCUUGGUCCUUUCUUCUGACAACUAUGGAUGGAUUUAAACUAAAUCCCAAACAUUGGCAAGAGUCAAUAUCAUAUUUCUCUAGCCUGCUAGACAAGGAUGACCGGUCUGUACGCAUUGCUGCUGGUGAAGCGCUUGCUAUAAUUUUUGAGAAGGGAAGUUUGGACAAGUUUUUUCGUGAAGCUAGAGAUUCAACUGAUGGCUCAAUUCAAGGAAGCAAACCCCGAGAAGGAUUUUCACAUAUACAAGGAUUGAAGGGGAAAAUCACAAAUCAAGUCAGAAGCCUCUCUGCUGAGGCAGGUGGUAAAGGAUCUGCUAAAAAAGAUCUUAACAGCCAGAGGAACUUCUUUCGGGAUAUGUUGGAAUUUUUGGAGGACGGUUAUUGUCCUGAGACUUCAAUGAAGAUUGGUGGAGAAUCAUUACAGACAUCAUCAUGGUCUCAACUAAUACAGUUGAACUUUUUGAAGCAUUUUAUUGGGGGAGGCUUUAUUAAGCAUAUGCAGGAAAAUGAAUUCCUUCAGGAUUUCUUUGGGUUCAAACCAAAGAAGAAGAAUCCUCUUGAGGAUGAACAUCGUGUAUCUAGCGUUGAAAAGAGAAUGUUUAAGUCACCGAACUCGGUUGUUAACAAGGCUAGGACCCAACUACUUAACAAGCAGCGAAUGUUAUCUGAGGGUCGAAACGUUGGUCACUAUGCAGUCAAUGGGGGUGAUGAGGAGGUCUAGCCAUCUGCACUUGCUUUAAAACUCUGAUGUAAUCAUCAAUCACAUGGAUCUCUGCCAUCUAGUUAUUAUGCUUUGCUUCAACUCUUCUUUAUUAUCUUCACCACGUAGAGAGCAUGUUUUUGUGUACUUGGUGGUGCAUUCACAUACAUCAGAUUUGUCAUACUGUAGUUUGUACCAUAAUUGUCCUCGUUCUUCUUUGAGGCAUUAAUUGAUAUUUAAGGGAAAUGCUAAACAUCUCAAAUUUUUUUCCCAAAAGUUGGUUCUCAAAUAAUGUGUCACCAUCCCAUGAGUUGGUGACACACUUCAUAAAAUAAUAAAUCUCAUGAUAUGGUGACACAUCAUUUGGGAACUAACUUUUGUGAAAAAAAUUUGGGAUGUGUAGCACUCCUCGAUAUUUAAUACUC